AUGGACGCCCGCUGCCAAUUGCUACACCUGGCUACUAACAUUCAGGUGAAUCAAAGUUAUGCCGUCGGUGGUAGACUUCAAGAUGCCACUCAAUAUACUCCUCUUAAUUACAAGGGACUCCUACAAGAAUAUUUACAAAAAGCAUGCCUACCACUACCAAACUAUGUAAUUGCGAAUGAAGGUUUUCCACAUGCACCAAUGUUUAAAGGCAGUCUUAGUAGGCAGAAAGAAGCUAAGUAUACUUCUCCUAACACAUUUGCACACCGGAAGGCUGCAGAACAGGAUGCUGCGAGACAUGCAAUGGAGACCAUGCCACCAAUAACAAAGAAAGAUGAACUACAACCACUUAAUAAUAUUCAUGAGUACAAAAUGUUUUGCAAGUCCAUCCUAAAUGAGCUUGUGCAGAAGAUAAAUGUAGAAAAUCCAACUUAUCAUACAAUCCAGCCAGAUACAUCACUUCAUGCUUUCAAGUCAACAGUUGUUUUCAAUGGUUGUUCUUACACUGGGGAGGCUGGAAGAAACAAAAAGGAGGCUGAACGAUUAGCAGCUCUUGUUGUAAUUGUCUCAUUGUUGGAGUCUGAACAUAAAACCAUCCUCUCAGAGAUAAUCCGAUCUAAGGACAAGCUUGGCCCGAGACACGUGUAA